AUGGGCUCUUCACAUCCACGAGAAGAAGAGACACGCAGCGCAAAGGUUCCUUUGGAGAAAACGACGAGCCAUGAUGAGGGCAUGCCAAGUCGCGAGGCUUUGCUUGAGGCUCUUCAAUCUGAGAAGCCAUCGCCAUGGUCACCGAAUCUGAGGAAGUUGUAUGGUUUUUGCUUGAUUGCGUUCCUCUGUUCGACAAUGAAUGGGUAUGAUGGGUCCAUCUUUGGAUCACUUCCUGCAUUGGACUCCUUCCGAGAACAAUUCGGAGUUGAGAAGAACGGUUCAAAAAUCGGAUACAUCUCCGCCAUGUACACCGUCGGUGCAAUCUGCUCUCUCCCACUCAGUGGACCGGCAUGUGACAUCCGCGGAAGAAAAUGGGGAACAUUUAUCGGUUUGUCGCCGGUCGAUUUUUUUCUCGGACUCGGAGUCAACAUUAUUCGAUCAACGAGCUCCAUCUGGUGUGCUGAGGUCUGUCCUCCUGCAUAUCGCGGUAUUAUCAUGGCCUUCUACAACUGCACGUAUGCAGUCGGCUCGCUCAUCGCCGCUGGCGUUACUCGAGGGUCUGCUGGAUAUGGAGGCAAUAAAGCUUGGCAGAUCCCUCUAUGGUGUCAAAUGAUUUGUCCAGGAAUCGUUCUCCUUGCCGUCCUAUUCUUCCCUGAAUCGCCGCGAUGGCUUUUUUCGCACGGUCAAGAAGACAAAGCACUGGAAUUUUUGGCCUUCUAUCAUGGCGAGGGAAACCCCGAUCAUCCACUCGUGCAACUCCAGCUGCAAGAAUAUCGAGAAUUCAUCUCCCUUUCCGGAUCCGACAAACGCUGGUGGGACUUCAGCGACUUUUACAAGACCAAAGCAGGAAGAUGGCGAUUUAUCAACGCUCUCAUCACCGGAAUCUGGGGGGCAAUGUUCCGGUAA